AGGCGAGGGGGGCCGUACAAGACAGAGGCAGCCACAGAUCUGAGCCGCUGGAGGCUGACUAACGUCGAGGGCAGGCAGACAUGGAGAUACGUGGAAGAUCAGGACCCCUCAGACAGAGAGCAGACCAUGCUGGAGGCACAUUCGCUGGGUUUGGACACGAGCAGGUUUGUGCGAGGCUCCCCUGCUGCCCACACUGCUGUGGAUGCUGCUCUAAAAGGUAUGCACUUCUACAGUCACCUCCAGGCAGAGGACGGUCACUGGGCCGGAGACUAUGGCGGACCUCUUUUCCUGCUCCCAGGUCUUCUCAUCACAUGCCAUGUGGCUAAGAUCCCUCUGGCUGAGGCCUGGAAGAAGGAGAUGGUGAGGUACCUGCGCUCAGUCCAGCUGUCGGAUGGAGGCUGGGGCCUACACAUUGAAGACAAGUCUACCGUCUUUGGCACAGCACUUAGCUACACCUCGCUAAGGAUUUUGGGAGUGGAUCCUGAUGACCCAGAUAUGGUUCGUGCCAGAAACAACCUGCACAGCAAAGGUGGUGCGGUUGGGAUUCCCUCAUGGGGUAAAUUCUGGUUGGCUAUUUUAAAUGUCUACAGUUGGGAGGGAAUGAACACGCUCCUGCCAGAGAUGUGGUUGUUCCCGACCUGGAUGCCCGCCCACCCCUCCACUCUGUGGUGUCACUGUCGCCAGGUCUACCUCCCGAUGAGCUACUGCUAUGCCGUCAGACUGGCUGCAGAGGCAGACUCUCUGGUCCUCAGCCUCAGACAGGAGCUUUAUGUUCAGGACUAUGCCUCCAUCAACUGGCCUGCUCAGAGGAACAACGUGGCAGCAUGUGACAUGUACACACCUCACAGCACGCUGCUGUCCGUCGCCUACAUGAUGUUAAAUGUGUACGAAGCCCACCACAGCACCGCGCUGAGAGGAAGAGCCGUCAAAGAGCUGUAUGAGCACAUCCAGGCUGAUGACCGCUUCACUAAAUGCAUCAGCAUUGGACCGAUCUCCAAGACCAUCAACAUGCUGGUUCGCUGGUAUGUAGACGGUCCCUCCUCUCCGGUCUUUCAGGAGCACGUGUCCAGGAUCCCAGACUACCUCUGGUUGGGACUGGAUGGAAUGAAAAUGCAGGGGACAAACGGAUCUCAGCUCUGGGAUACUUGCUUUGCUGUACAGGCUUUCCUCGAGGCAGGAGCUCAGGAUGAACCCAGACUAGCUGAGUGUCUUCGUCACGCCCAUCAGUUUCUCACCAUCACACAGAUACCUGAGAAUCCUCCUGAAUACCAGAAGUACUACAGACAGAUGAACAAGGGAGGCUUCCCCUUCAGCACCCGAGACUGUGGUUGGAUCGUGGCUGACUGCACAGCAGAGGGCCUGAAGUCAGUGAUGCUGCUGCAGGAGCUCUGCCCCUCCGUCAGCCAGCCCGUCUCCUCUGAGCGUCUCUAUGACGCUGUCAAUGUGCUGCUCAGCAUGAGAAACACAGACGGUGGAUUCGCCACAUAUGAAACCAAGAGAGGAGGGAAACUCCUGGAGCUGCUCAACCCCUCUGAGGUGUUCGGUGACAUCAUGAUAGAUUAUACCUAUGUGGAGUGCACGUCAGCAGUGAUGCAGGCUCUGAGGCACUUCCAGAAGGCCUACCCUGAUCACCGAGCUGAGGAGAUAAGGUCAGCUCUGAGAGAUGGACUGGAGUACUGCAGGAGGGUGCAGAGGCCUGACGGAUCCUGGGAGGGAUCCUGGGGAGUGUGCUUCACAUACGGAAUAUGGUUCGGCCUUGAAGCCUUUGCUUGCAUGGGACACGUCUACGAGGACGAGGACACGUGUGAUGAGGUGCAGAAAGCUUGUCAGUUCCUGCUGGACCAGCAGAUGUCAGACGGCGGGUGGGGGGAGGACUUUGAGUCGUGCGAGCAGCGGCGCUACAUCCAGAGCAGCACAGCUCAGAUCCACAACACCUGCUGGGCUUUGUUAGGGCUCAUGGCUGCCAGGCAUCCCGACAGGCAGGCCAUUGAAAGAGGAGUACAGCUAUUGGUUGAUAAGCAGCUGCCCAACGGAGACUGGCCACAGGAGAACAUUGCCGGCGUGUUCAACAAGAGCUGUGCUAUCAGCUACACCUCCUACAGAAACGUCUUCCCUGUCUGGACCCUCGGCCGCUUCUCAACGCUUUACCCCAGCAGUCCACUGGCUGGGAAGGUCAAACUGUGAGAAUGGCAACAGAGAACAGCCAUUCAGACAUUCAGUGGACAGUGUAUUUUUAUAGG